AUGGUGAAAAUGUGGAAUGACGAUUCACGGCUUAUUUUAAUUGAGGAAAUCCGGAAGCGUCGAGAAGUAUGGGAAUAUAAAAAGGAGCGUUAUGCAACCUCAGAAAGGAAGAAAGAACUGUUUGCAGAGGUUGCAGUUGCACUUAAUUCUUCAAGCUUGCCAACAGCAGGUUUAUACACAGAAGAUGAUGUUCGUACGCAGUGGAAAAAUUUGAAAGACACAUUUAAAAGGAAACUUAAAAGACGACAAGCAGAAACAAAUGCAGGUUAUGAGGAUGUAGAACCAACAUGGCGAUUUUGGAAUAAAAUGCAAUUCGUGAAAAAUAACUUCGGUCCAGAUCGGAAUCGAUCAUCAGCACUGAAUAAUUCAUCUCUGAUUGAUAAUGUACCUAAUACACUGGAGAGAUUGAUCAGUACUCUCGUCGAAAAACAAAUGUCCGAUGAUAGCAACAACAGUGUGGAUGGUCAAAUAUUGAAUGCAGCAGAUCUUCCAGCAGUAGCUUCAACUUCUCUUCCUACUCCUACUGCAAAUUCUGGUAGCAGUAGUGGUUGUAAUAAAAGCGCUGUUUGUAGUACUAGUAAUAUCAUACCAGAUAUUCAGGUGACACAAACUCCAGCUCCUACCAUUGAGAUGCAUUUUGCUCAGUUUGUUCCUUCUGGUAUCAAUUAUUUAGAACAUUUUGGAUUUGACUCAAAUAAAAUAAGAUCAUCUUCACCAGUUAAUCCAGAAGCACAUCCGUAUGCAAGUGCUCUUGCGGAGUUUCAAAAAAGGGCACUGAAAAGAAAAGGGUCAGAAAUAAAUUUAGAAGAUCUGCAGAAUGUGCAAGAGCCGGAUGAUGAAUGUGCCUGGUUUGGUCGAAGUGUAGCAAGUGCGUUACGUCGACUGUGCCUAACUUCUCCACUCUCGGCACUUACUCUCAAAAAGCAGAUUUCUGAUCUUAUAUAUGAAGCUGAAAUAAAGCAAUUGAUCCGUCAUCGAAGAACAGGGAAUUCAUAA